AUGCCGCCGAAAGCUAAAGUGACCAUUCCAACAAAGGAUGAAUUCCACGCCCUCAACGAGAAGCUUCAAUCGAAGCCAGUCGAAGCCGAUUACAAGCAAAUCCUCGCUGGCGCCAAAGGCGACGAUGAAAUUAAAGUUAUGACAGCUCGUAUCAUUCCUCAAUAUUACAAGGAAUUUCCAAAGAGCCAGAAAGAUGCUCUUGAGGCCCUCAAGACACUUGCUGGAGAUGCUAACGCAGAUGUCCAGAUUUGGGCAGUUCGCGGAUUAAAAGAUAACUUUGUUGCCAACGAAGAUGACGUUGCUAAGGUUGUUUACACAGUUCUUGGCUCAGAGAAUGCUACAGUAUCUGAUGCUGCCAAGAAGAUUGUUAGCGAUGCAUUUUCCAACGAAGAAUUUGCAAAAACAUUCACAUCACAAAUCAAAGACCAGACACCAGCUGCUCAGGCUAAGAUGAUCGCUAUCGCUACAGAGAAGAUCACCUUCACAGAGGAAACAGUUGAACAAUUACUCUCUGUUAUCGAAUCUGCUCUUAACUGCGCAGUCGAGGAAGGUCUUAUCCUCAUGUCAAAGAACAAGAAGAUCAUCCCAGAAGAAAAGAGAGUUGCUCUUGUUAACCAGCUCCUUGAUAAUCUUGAUGCUUCCCUUGACUCCCAGUUUGAUGAAGUUGUUGACAGCCUUCUUGUUACAAUUCUUAAAUUCGGACACUCAUUCGGACAGCUUGGUCGCUUAUACAACAUUGUUGCCGAUAAAGUCCUUCUAAAGUUCGAACAAGUCCCAAUCGAUAAGAAGAUCCGUAUUGUCCAACUUGUUGCCGAUAACGCACAGAACGCCGAAGAUGCUAAGAUCCUUGAACAACUUUACAACAAUGUUUAUCUCAAAUUCCCAGUCGAAGUUUCCGAGGAUACAAAGAUUAACUUCUCCCUUCUCGAGGCCACACUUUAUGCCUUCUACAACCUUGCCAAGAAGUUCCCACGUAAGGCAUCAGAAUUAAAUGGCAUUCUCCUCUUCAUUACAGGCCAACCAGGCGAGAAUGAUGGUAUCUCCGAGGACGCCGAGAAGAAGAACCAAUUCCGUGCCCGCCUCAACGGUAUCGAUACAGUUGCUAAGUCAUUUGUCGACCAUUACAAGGCCAAGAAGGCUUCUCUUGAAGAGCACGCCGAUAUCAAGACAAAUACAGAGCUCAAGGAGGAAAGACGCCAGACAAAGAUCGCAAUCAGAACUGGAAACAACGUUCUCCACUUCUGCAGAAUCCUCAAAGAGGACAACUACAUCCACCAGAAGCCGCCGGCUGAUGUCUCAUGGAGAGCACCAAAGCUGAAGAAGUUUAACAAGAAGGGACCAAAGGGACCAAAAGGAAACCAGAAGAAUAAGAAGAACUUCAACAAAGGCGGAAAUAGACGCAAUGAAAGACGUGGCGGAAACAGAGGCGACAACAGACGUCGUAAGUAA